CCAGGAAAUAGAAAUUGCGGAAACGCGUCUACGGAAGCCUGUGUGGGACUGACAGGAAAGCUCAUGCUAAACGACACGCGCACUUACGUCUCCGUCCUUUUACUAUUAUAAAAUUUAAUAUUGUCGUAUUUAUACGUUAUUGUAUUUGUUUGAUGUCAAACAUAAAUCUCUCCUGGUGCGAAGGAUAGCUAAAAAGUGGUGCUGUUGAAACAAGGGCCAUAUGUAAUAGAGCAAGGUCACAACGACCAAGUGGGCGAGUACCAAGAUAAAUUCAAUUUAUCAUUGGAAGAAAAAAAACACAAAUAGUGGACAUCAAAAUGGCGGGACUCAUCAACUUUGAAGAUGAGAAAGAAGUGGAGCAGUUUCUGGACAAUCUGGGUGUGGAGUACAGCUACCAGUGUUACAAGGAUAACGACCCUGAAGUCAAUAUUUUUGUCAGGAUGCCAGAGGUUAGCAGACUACAUGGAAGGAGUGAAGCGAAACUACGAGGCCACUGCCAAAGUGCUCAAACAUAACUGUGACAAACAUACGCAUGCAGAGAGCUGCUACAAACUGGGGGCUUACCAUGUCACAGGCAAAGGUGGCAUGAGCAAGUGCCUGAAAAGUGCGUACUCGUGCUUCCUGCGAGCGUGCAAUGCCGGCGGGAAGAAGUCCAUCGACGCCUGCCACAAUGUGGGCCUGCUGGCUCACGAUGGGCGGGCAAUUGAGGGCGGCGCCCCCGACCUGGACGCCGCCCGCCGCUACUACGAGAAUGCGUGCGCGGGUGGCUUCGCCCCAUCCUGCUUCAACCUCAGCACCUUGUACAUUGAGGGCAACGCCAAAGGGGUCAAGCCGGACAUGACGACGGCGCUCAAGUACGCCAAGCGGGCCUGCGAGCUCGGACACGUGUGGGGCUGCGCCAACGCCAGCCGUAUGUACAGGCUGGGCGACGGCACUGAGAAGGACGACAAGAAGGCGGAGGAGCUGAAGAAUCGGGCACGGGAACUGCACGGUUUGCAAAAGGAGAAUCAGCUCAAAUUUGGGGAGUGAAAACAAAAGAAACGUGUAUGCGUGUGCUUUUAUGUGUGUGUGUGUCCAUCAUAAACUGAAAGUGUCAAAAAAAUCCAACAUAUCUGGUGAAUUUCUUAUACAGCACUUUUCAGGGUGUUGUGAAAGUCAUUGUACGAAAAGAGUAUGUAAAUGUAGCAAAGAAAGAAAACGUAACGAGGAACACAUUUUUCUUGUUGUAGAAGUUGUAUUAAGAGAUGAUAUAUUGCUUUACCAAGUUUUCGCAAAAAUUAUAUGUGAAGAACAAAAAGUUGGAAUGUUACAAGGAAACUGAAAAUUUUAAUUACGAGAAAAAGGUUCUAUUAAAGAAAAGUAUUAUGUGGAAAGUUGAAAGAAAACUGGUACUGUAAUAUGUACAAAGUGCAAUAAUAUGACAAAAAAGUCGUCUGAUUAUGUAAAAAAAUUCCGCAGUAUUGCAGCAAUUAUUUUUUUCAUAAAAGUUGUAAUAUUACUUGACAAGUUCUACUAUGACUAAAACGUAACAAUAUUACAAGAAAAUAGUAUGUAGUAAUAAUUUUGUUAAAAAUACGAUAAGAAAAGCUUUAAUUUUAGAAGAAAAAGGUUGUAAUAUUGCGUGCAAAUGUAUCAAUUUAAUGAGAACAAAUUUGUAAUGUUCAAAAAUGCAAAUCAGUCGCCCUUCGGCGAAACUCGUGCAGUGUUGCGAGUCGUGGCCCUGGUUGCGAUCCUAACGGAACCGCGAAGCACACAUAACAUUGUCGACGAGCUGAUCUGCUAAUGCAUUUUGUAUUAAUUAGGAAACGCGGCUACAAUGAUCUAAUUAGUUUACAUAAGUUAAUGUUAAAUGUAUUAAGCAAUGGAGCCCUGUUAAGGAUUAUGUCACAACACAGAAUGAACUAACUUCAAAUUAAAAAAUGGCAAUAAAAACAGAAAAAUAUUGUAGUUCAUAUUUUCCUGGAGGAUGCAUUUGGGAUUAGCCUUUCAAGUUGGUAAUAGUGAAAAAUGAAGUGAAGCUGACAAUCAUUUGAGUCAGUUAUUUUCCAGAAUGAGAUUGCUUAAAGAGGAGGAUGCUAUUCAUGUGGCACAGCUUAAAGCUGGCAUCAGGUGAAGGUGGAGAUGGGUGUUGGAGGCCAAAAGAAAAAAGCAAAUAAAUGAGGCCAAUUUUAAUCUUACAUUUGUACAUCAACAGGUACUUGAGCGGUGUAAAUAAAUGUUUUUCUGCGUGAAGAAAAUUUUUUGAUUUUGCCUUAUUGUAUUUAAUUAAUUAAGAAUUAAAAAUUCUCUUGCGGGGAUCCCACCAGACUCCCCCCCCCCCCCCACAAUGUUUUUUUUUUUGGUCACCUUUUUCAUGCCUUUGGUGUUUGCACGUCUGACUGUUAAUAGAAUAACAUGAGAAAAAUGUAAUAAUAUAUAAAUGGGGAAAAAAGUUGCACUGUAAUGUGAAAAAGUAAUGUAGGAGAAAAAAGUAUUAAAUUAUCAAACUAACAACUUCGUCAUUUGUCUCCAUUCAGGUAUCCAUUUGUUUUCGUUGAAUACCUGCAAAAAUGAUAGCGGACGAGUGCAGUUUUAGCCAUUUGACCACCAGAUGGCGCAAGAGUAAAAGGCAGGCUUUUGUAAUCCUCUGUUAAGCGAGUUGACCUUAUUUAAUUUGACCGUACAAGAAGUGACAGAGCCAUUUGUACGCUUUUCCCGAAAUGAGUUCACUGUCAAUAAAG